ACUGAUCUGUCAGUACGUUGUUUUGACAAAUCCGACGAUACAACUGCAUAAUUUUUAAUUAAUUAAUCCAGUUUUUGUGAUAUUCACCAUUAGAACAUUAAUAUGUUAUAAAUUUCAAUAGCUCAAUAAUUUCACUGCUUCCUAAAAUGAUAACACUUAAUAGAAAACUGAAGAAGGAACAUUCCGAGCCUGCAAAUGGAAUCAGCAGUGAACCUGUGAGAAGAAUAUCAGUCAGGGAUAAACUCCUGGUGAAGGAAGUUCAGGAGAUGAAUGAGAACCUACCUGCCUCAUGUUCUGUGCACUUCCAAGAUCCCAAUGUCCUUAGUGAGUUUGUGUUGACUGUGGCACCAGAUGAAGGUUAUUGGGUGGGGGGCAAGUUUAAAUUUAGUAUAUUCGUGACUGAGGAUUAUAAUAUGGCGCCCCCCAAAGUGAAAUGUCUAACGAGGCUGUGGCACCCAAAUAUCAAUGUAGAUGGGGACAUCUGCCUCUCCCUGCUCCGACAAACAUCCAUAGAUGAGCACGGCUGGGCUCCCACGAGGAGAUUGAAGGAUGUUGUUUGGGGACUCAAUGCUUUAUUUACGGACCUCCUAAACUUCGAAGACCCCCUCAACAUUGAAGCUGCUGAGAUGUACAAUAAGAACAAGACAGAGUUCCAAGCUAAGGUGCAGGAAUAUAUAGCUAAGGGAAAGAGAUGAGAACGACGAAAACAGGGCCAUAGCUCGAAACACAGCUAAGUCAUUGCUAAUAGUGUGGAACCUUUGUAAGCUCAACUUUAUAAAUAUCCUGCAGUCAGUGAGGGCCUUAAAGUUUUGCUCAGAUUCAAUAUCGGCCAAUUAUUCAGUCAAAACUUCGGUGAUAUUUAUGUAUCAACGUGUCUCCAAAAGUUAUAUUGAAAAUGGUUUUUUCUUUAUAAAAGGAAUAUUAAAAUUUAAAGGUGGAAGAUUCAGUUUCAUCAAAAAUCUGAUUCCAAGGGAGACUAGGAUCAAAUCUAAUCUGGAAACUAUAACUCUAGGCCCAUAAGAAUUCAGCAUAGAAAUACCUUGUAACUUAAACAUGUACAUUAGGGUCGAAAUUAAUAAACAUACUUAACAUUUGUACUUUAUUUAUUAUUAGAAAAUAUAUUUACUUUUCGCCAUUUAAUCAAAAACCAAAGCUUGUAUAUUUAGAUUUUAUUGAUAUUGAUGACAAGCAUGGCAUACUAUCAACAUUGACUGUCGGGAAACUGAACAAAGGCUUUUUAUUGUUGUUUAUUUGUUGAAAAUUCAUGACAUUUCCACUUUUUGACUUCAUUUUAAUUCGACCUUCAAGUUCCAUAUUUCAUUUUUAUUCUUUGAAUUUUCUAGAUUUCUCUCUCGUCUUUUCAUUCUCGGCUGUGAACCCAUGUGUCCGUUGUAGAUGUUUAUCUAGUCUAUAUUGAAAUUUAGCUUAUAAUUUAUCGAGGUUCCAUUCUAUGCACUUAGGAAACUUUAUUAAAAUGUUUUAAAAGUUGUUAGUAGUUUUAGUAUGUGAUAUGACUCUUGAUGAUUACAAUAGUAUAAUUGAAUGUGAAUUUAGCAGGGUUACAUACAAGUGUAAAGUAUGACUUUGUAUGAACAUGCUAUGCUUACAUUAUCAUAGAAUUUAUGACAUAUAUACUUGAAAAUCAGAGACACCGCUUUUUUAACACGGCAACAUUGUUUAGAAAAAUAAUGUCUCUAAUUUUGUCGAGUCAACAAUAUAGCAAUACUUACACGAAUACACCAAGAUAUGGGAUUUGGAAGCUUGUAUGCCUUAACACACUAUAUAUAUAUAACAAUGUAUAUAUUAAAAGCUAGCAAUGAAAUGACACAAGCCAUGUAAUUAUUUUUUUAUAUCAGCCGUAAGUGGAUUAAAGUUAUACGCUCAGAAAAUUAGUGAUAAUUAACAUGAUAUAAGGUAUUUUAGAUCGAAAAGAAAUUAAUUGUAAAGAACUAUGUUUUUGCUUAUUUUGUGUCUAAAAUGUAAAUAACAUUUUCAAAUCAUAGUUCGACAACUGCAAUUUUUACGCACAUUUUUCGUUUUGAUAUAAGUACACUUUGCUACGGCAUACAUAUUUUUAUCAGAAUUUGUUAGUGAAAUAGUGUAUAAUAAAUUUUUUAUUAUAUUGUUACUGAUAUUAAAAUUAGGGUGGUGUAGAUUAACUCAACAUGAAUUAUGUAAUAUUUUGUAAAAAAAAAACAUUGAAAUGAAUACUCCAAUAUGGUGAUAAUAUUUUUUAUUUGUGCAAAUGAUAUUUUGUACAAUUUUUCCACAUAAUAUUCUCGUGUGUGUCAAAAUAUUGAGUGUGUGACUGACCCUGUUAGUCAUAUAACAUCAAAACAUACUCUAUGCUAAAAUAUGUUUGUCUCUUUCUGUCGAUUUCAAAUAUAAAGUGCGAUAAUAACAAAACUAUUUUAGUUUAGAUUAUAUUUUGACUUUUUAAAGAAUAACAGAGUGAGGUUUAUGGCUGAUUUACAUUGAUCCAGUAACACUAGAUCCAGCGACUGGAUCCAGUACCUGGAUCAAUGUAAAUCGACCUUUAUAUCUAUGAUUGUAUGAAUUCGAAAAUGUUAACAUUUAAUUGUGUUUUAAUUGAAUUGUACCAAUAUCACCUCUUGUUAAUAUAUAAGUUUGUGCUCUUGCCUAAACCUGUUGGGGCUAGCACAAUAUUUGGGACGUAAUCGUAUAUCAACAAAAUUUAUAUGGAAAAUCAGCAGUUCCUUUUUUAUAAGGUAUUUUCAUCUUCCAUAAAAAUACUGUUGAUGACCGUGUGACAAGUUUUUGCAAAUACUCGCGCUAGCCCCAUUGUUUAUAAAAAGUAUCUUUAAUUACGUGUAAAUAAAAGCAUCAACUGUAAUAUAUUCAAAUUUUUGCUGUUCGGAAAAAAAGUAUUGGUGAAUUUCAACUUUCUGAUAUAACCUUAUUUACCUAAUUGUGAAAGUAUGUUUCUCCAUAAAUUAAAAAGAUUUUGCCGCAUUUACAUAUUAGACUCCUGUCGAUAUAGAUUCAAUUCAAUUAUGGUCUCCUGCACACAAUGUCCAAUAGAAAAUGUUAAAUUUCUGAAUACAUAUUAGAUAUUAUUAGACAGGAUAUUUUUGGGAAUUAAGUGUUAUUGAUUUAAAGUAUUGGUUCGUGACUUCUUUUCAUGUGUGUUAUUGAUAACAUGUAAGUUUUUAUCAAAGUCGUCUAAAGGCAUCCGAUGUGACCUUGGUUCGUGACGAAAAUUUAUUUUAUACCUCAUGUUUGGAUUUAACGCGUUCAAGGACGCUCGACGAGACACAAUAUAAGUUUAAUUAUUACAACUGCUAUAGCAGUCAUGCGUCCGCGAGCGAGUAAUAGUAAUAUUUUCUAAAUAAUAGACAUCACAAGAUUUUUGUAUUCAAAUUCAUCUUCCGUAUUUCAAUGCACGCUACAUUACCUGUAAAUGCCGCAAUAAACGAAUUUUGUUAAACUUUCUGUAAUAUACAUAGUCAGUUUUUUAC